UGGGAAUUUAGGACGGUUGGACCUUCGCCCAAUUGUACAAUGGAUGAACCACAUUGCCGGAAAAUCAACUACCAUCAAACCGGCGAACCAUUCUUUCAUUGCGCCCCCAUCGUCAUUCCUUACCUCAAUCCCACCGAGCUAGCCUCCAUCUCCUCAACCUGCAAAACCUUGCACCACCUCUCCACCAGCGUAAUUCCCCGCAGAACCUCCGACGCUUCCAGAGGUUUUGAGAAGCUUCCUGUCCCUUUCCACAACCCCAUCCCCGACGACCCCCACACCUACUCCUACUUCCUCUACACUCCAUCGCAGAUUCUCCGCACUACCACCCACCUCCGCCAGCCAUGGGGCUCCGACCACGAUACCCCACCCGAUCCCCCCUCUCCUUUCCUAUUCCGCGUCGACGGCGCCACCGGUUGCGAUUGCGCAAAAGGCUGCGGCGCCGAUGAUUUUUGCCCCUGCUUGAAUCUAGAAUGCGGCCCGAGUUGCAAGUGUGACUCGCUGUGCGGAAACAGGGAGACUCAGUGCGGGCUGAAUUUGAAGUUGAAGAUUGUAAAACACGAGAAAAAGGGCUGGGGCCUCUAUGCGGCGGAGCUGAUCACCGCCGGAAGGUUUAUCUGCGAAUAUGCCGGUGAGGUUUUGUCGACCAAGGAAGCAAGAGAGAGGCAGCAAAGCUACGACGAAGCGGCGAGGAUGGGACGGCUGAGUCCGGCUCUUUUGGUGGUGAAGGAGCAUCUUCCAUUCGGAAACACAUGUAUGAGGAUGAACAUUGACGCAACCCGGAUCGGCAACAUUGCGCGAUUCAUCAACCAUUCAUGUGAUGGCGGUAACCUCGACACCCUGAUAGUCAGAAGUUCCGGUUCCCUCCUGCCCCGCGUCUGCUUCUUUGCGGCUUCGGAUAUUCGGGCAGACGACGAACUCACUUUCAGCUAUGGCGAUGUCGCCCUUAGCGCCGAUCCUCGCCCUUGUUUCUGCGGUGCUUCUUCUUGCUCCGGCAUCCUACCGUCUGAGCACACAUGAUAUUCUAUGCUGCUUGUUAUAAAGGAUGGAUCAAUCAGAGUUCAAAGACUUGAUUUUGAUGAGUUAUAAUACAACAAAGUGCAUGUUUUGAGCUGGCAUUGUGUUGUGUAUAACAAUGUUUUCUUUCCUAUCAUUUAUUGGUGAUGAUUGGCUUCAUGCGUGAGGAUUGCAGAGGAGAAAUGGGAGAGCCGUCGCUGCUUUGAGAUGCAUCCUGAACCUGAGCAGCAAACUGCAGAUUCCACACUACAUCUUCGAUCGAAGGUCUUUCAGCUGGAUCUUUGAGUAAGCAUCUGCAGCAUAUCCCAAUCAUCGUUCUUGCAGAUUCACCAGAGCACGUGUUUCUGACUGCUCGGUCGACUAAACUCCUCCUCGAUGAAUCAUCACUUGUUAUGCUCGCAUUCAUCUGCAUAACAUAUUGUGGAUGAAAGUGUUAUCAAUUGCUCAGUUUGCUACCACUGAUGUUUGGUAGUAGUAUAUUUUGGCAUUUGAUAGAGCAGAGAAAGAAAAAGAUGCUGAUAAGUAGCAUAAUAUUCUUCUAUUUUAAACUGAUGUAAACUUAGUUAGCUUCAUUUUUACUGCAUCAUUUGGUACUCCACUUUGUAAAAGAGGGAGAUAACAUAAUUCAAUAUUAGUUCAUGACUA